AUGUCUGGACGCGGAAAAUCAGCUACGGGCGGAAAGAGCACAAGCAGAAGCAGGUCUAUGCGAGCCGGUUUGCAGUUUCCUGUUGGACGUAUCCACCGCCUUCUUAGAAAGGGUUUGUAACGAAUUGGUUGAAGUUUUAUAUUUCUCAUUACCAUGUGGUCGUUUGUUGUAGCUAAGAUUGAUUUCGACGUACAUAAUCAGAACAUUUGUUUGAAUUGAGCUACUUUCAGAUGUGCUUUUGUGAAUAAAGACCCUGGUGAAACGUAAAUCGAGGUUAAGACUAUGACAUGUUAUACGACUGUUAAAACUUCCAUGACUUUGAAGUGUACCGCAAUACUGUGAUACUGUCGAAUCAAUUCUUUUGGGUGAUGUUCAUAUAAAACUCACUGUUGGGAUUAACCUAUUUGUCAGAAGGUUUUCUUCUCUAAUUAGGGGUAAGAAUCACGCUGAGCCACGAAAAAUCACUGCAAGGUUAAUUUCAUCCAAGUAUUUUGAACCCAUGAGUUUAUUACAUGCUCUUCUCAAACUCAUUAAUAAUUCAUAUAGAAAAUACAAAGGAAAUUAAUGUUUGAUGAGUGUUUGGAAAUCAGAUGAAAAACUGCUCAUCUUUUCUUCCUUAAUUUCUCCUCUAAAACCGUUUUGUUUGAGAAGUAAUAUCAAGCAUUCGACACAGUGUUUCAGCACCAGAUGAAACACCUGGAAGUUCGUCAAAAAUACUCCACGGUGCGUCGUAUUUUCAACUCUCUUCAGUGUUUCAUCUGGUGAUGAAACACUGCAUCUCAUGCUGGAUAUGUUACAUAAAAAUGCUCUCUGCUUUUCAGUUGUCUAAAGCGCUUUCUUAAAAUUUCUUUAAAGGAAAUUAUUCCGACCGUGUUGGCAAUGGUGCCCCAGUAUACCUGGCAGCAGUGUUGGAAUACCUAACAGCCGAGGUGCUAGAACUGGCGGGAAACGCUGCUCGGGACAACAAGAAAUCCCGUAUCAUCCCGCGCCAUUUACAGUUAGCUGUGCGAAACGACGAAGAGCUUAAUCAACUUUUAUCUCACGUGACCUUCGCAGAAGGUGGUGUACUGCCCAACAUUCAAGCCGUGCUACUUCCUAAGAAAACUGGAUCCAAGUCAGGAAGCUCGAAAAUGGCACAUUCUAGUCAAGAAUACUGA